UGGAGGGAAAGUUCAAAAUACAUAACGAAAUUUAUCUGGAAACGAUUUCCAUAAACAACUGAAGAUUUUCUGAAUCUGUCGCGGUUUGUAGCUUGCCUAAGAAUGGCAUCUGAUGUAACUGUUGAUAUGAAAGGAGGCGAAUUUCCACUUCUUUGCUCAGAAAAACGACUCACAAAGGUACAGCAAGCAAAACUGGAGGCACUUGCUGCCUUUGGCAACUGCACAUUUGAUUCCUUGGUUGUAAAAAGGGAAAGCUUUAAAUCAAAACUCAGUGCAACAUCAGAGACCCCAGCAACAACAAAAGAGAGUGUGAAGAGGCUAACUCGAAUGGAAAAAGCCAGACAGGAAGCCAAUGAAGCAUUCAAGAAUAUUCGUCUUGGCCAGAAACGAAAAACUAGUGUGAGCGAGAACAAAACAGAAACACGUGUCCCUGUCACUGCAAAAAGAAGACUAACAAGACUAGAACGAUGUAAACUUGAAGCACAGCAAGCUUUUGGAAAUGUUCCGUUGGGUACAGUUACAGAAAAUGUUGCAAAGAAAGAUGACCAAAACAAGGUUGGGAGACACAGAUCUAGUUCAGGAACCAAAUGCUCAGGACUUGAGAAUAAAGAAACUACACAGAAAAAUACUAAAAGAAGCUUUGACAAAAGAUCUUUGGAAAGAAACACGAAAGAAAAGAAGAAAUCUCUAAAUAAGGGGAGACAAAACAGAAGGUCGUCAUCUUUGCGAAGGAGGAGUUCAGCCACUAUGCUAAGGCGAAGUUCUGCCAAAAGUAAUAGACUGACCAAGGUCCAAGCCUCACAGUUAGAGGCUUUUCAUAGCUUUGGAGGCCUGAGCCUUGAGAAGUUGUGCUCCUCUAACAAAGAGGCCACUGAAGCUGAAGUAAAGGGUGAACCAAUGACUGAUGACUGUGAAACAGUUGAGGAAGGGGAAGUCCAGAGUGAGGUUAAAGAACCAGUAGCCAUGGUAAAACAUGACAAAAGUGAUCCUAGUCAGAAAGAUACAGUUUGUAGUGAGAUGAAUGUUGAGCCAGCACUGAUUGCUAAUGCUGUAUAUGUCGUGAGAGAGAUGUCUCUUCAAAAAUGUGAUCCUGUGGAUAAAGUAACUAAUUCCCAGGUGAUACCCAGUGAUUGCUGUAACACUGAAGUCCAGACAGAGGAGGUUCGAGCUUGUGCAAAUCAUGUGAUUGCUGUCAAGGGAAUGCAUUCUAUUCUAGAAGAAAGUCUUCCUGAGGUUCCCACUCAAGACAGAAGUAUAACCACUGUGGCAGCAUCCAAGCCCUUGACCCGCUUGGAGAGAGCACGUCUAGAAGCGCUUCAGAGUUUCAACGGGCAAGCUUUUGAUCAUGUGAUAAAGACAUCCACCAGGAAGAUGGCCAGAUACUUGACACCAGUGAAACACCAGGGGACCAACACAGAGCUCCACCUUACAAGGAAUACACCCUGUCAGACAGACGAUUCCUUGGUAAGACACUACCCACCUCCGAACAAGUCCUUCUACUCCAGGCUCCAAGGCAACAGCUUUCACGACAGAGACACACUGUUGGAGAGUAGCAAGAAGGUGGUGCAGACAGCUAGGUCCUUGGAUACACCUUCUCCAGAAUGCUCACCUGCAAGCUUGUGAUUACCUAGACUAACAGUAGAAAUACCAUUUAGUAUACCAUUUAGUUUACCAUUUUUAUUUGUUUGUCUGUUUUCCCCUUCAGGACAGGGUAACUCAAGUUUUGUUUAAUUGCAUUGAGUUUGGGAAAAGAGUAAUUUGUUAGAGUGGUAAGUCAUUAUUUUAUAUAAGAUGUUCUGUUGUUUUUUGAGCAUGCUUUGUUGGUGUUCAUAUUUGUACAGAGAUGCUGCUCACUAAGCCAGUUAGUUCUGACAACAAAUUCCCAAUAAUUAUGAUUUGUGACUACACAUGAGGGGUUGUCAUUAGAAGCUGGGUGGUGGCAGGAACCCACUGGCUGUCAGACCAUUUUGCGAUGUUUAUUUUGCACACCAGCCUUUUGUAAUAUUAAGAAUUGUCAUCUUUUUGUAGAGAAAUCUGUUUUAUUGUUGUUGUUGUUGUUGUUGUUGUUGUUGUUGUAAGUUAGUGAUUUUCUUGUGUUUUUCUGAUUUUAUGGAAGAAGGAUAAAACUAAAAACCUUCACAGGAAGAACAGUGCAAAAACUAUCAGUGAUGUUGACAGCUAACUUCAAAGACAGAAAUAAAUAAUCAUAAUAUUGAGAUUUGUCAUUGAGUUUCAGUCAUCAGUGCCUUAAUUGUGUCAGCUAUCAAUAUUGUGAUUGUCAGUUGUGAUAAUUGAGGUUUUGGUUUUUUUGCCAUGCAACUUGCAUCUGUAAAAUCAUUCUAUCACGCUCACUGGUAUGGUUUAGGGCAUAACCCAGUGAACUGAUGUUAGAAGAUAAAUUUGAUUUAGCUAAAUUAACAAGCUUAGACAAGACAACAAUAAAAGGAUAUAGAUCUGGCCCCGGUUGUUCAAAGGAUGGAUAAUGCUAUACACUGGAUAAAUCCUAUCUGGUGGAUAGCGCAGUACA